AUGACAUUUGCCGAACUACCUUCAUUCGAUAGUGAACAGCUACGGUUAACGCCGAAGUAUGGCGAAGUUCUUUCAAAACCAGUACGAAGUACUAUGUACGAAAAUGAAGCAUUAACAAGUGGCAAAACAAGUGAUAAUAAGUCUAGAACUGAAGCAUUAAAUGGAGACCCCGAUAUCAAUUUCAGCGACUUACCGCAAUACAAGAAAGUAAUGGAGAUGUUGCUCCGAGAUAUUCAACGGGGUAAUCAUCUGUUGCUAGUCGAUGAUCGGGGACUGGAAAAUAAGAAAAUCGUAGACAGACUGUUACAUCAAUUGAAUCACCCUACAUUAUACACAAAGUUGCACCGCGACGCAACGGAACAGUCUUUGAUAGUACACCCAACUAUCAAAAAUGGAACAGUCAUUUACGAAGAUUCACAACUCGUUAAAGCCGUUAAACAUGGCUACGUGUUAGUUGUGGAUGAAGCCGACCAAGCGCCAACAACAGUGACAAGCAGCUUAAACUCUUUAAUGGAAAAUGGAGAAAUGGUACUAACCGAUGGUAGAAGGAUGAGUUCCAAGAAAAUUAUGAACAUAUAUGGAGGAAAACUAUCUGGUAUCAUUCCCGUGCACGAAGAUUUUAGAAUGAUAAUAAUGGCCAGUCAAACUGGAUUUCCAUUCAUGGAAUUCGACUCUUCAGAUCCUUUAGCAUUAACAAGUAGUGAGAUGGGAAUCGUCGCCAAAGCAGGCAGCUCUAACCCAGCGUUAACCACUCUCGUGACGAGCGGCCAUCCUACGGGACCAUAUAGUGCUACAGCAAUAGCCUCGGGCACAGCAGUUGCCACUGCAAUAGCAUUGACCUAUGGUACGGGAACGUCGACUGCUACGGCAAUUGCUGACGGCUCAUCAGUUGCCACCGCUACAGCACGCUCAUAUGAUGCAGGAGUAGCCACUGCCACAGCAGACACUCAUGACUCAUCAUCUGCCGAAGCUACAGCACAUGCAUACGACAAAGGAAUCGCCACCGCCAUAGCAAACGCUUCUGGCUUUAAAGUCGUAAAGGCCAAGGCAAUCGCCAAAGGCACCGAAAAUGGCGAAGUUCUUUUAACACCAGUACGAUUUCCCGUGAUCGAAACUGAUACAUUAACAAGUGGCAAAACGAGUGAAAAUAUGUCCAGAACUGAAGCUUUAAAUGGAGACCCCGAUAUCAUUUUCAGUGGCGUACCGCAAUUCAAGAAAGUAAUGGAGAUGUUGCUCCGAGAUAUUCAACGGGGUAAUCAUCUGUUGCUAGUCGAUGAUCGGGGACUGGAAAAUAAGAAAAUCGUGGACAGACUGUUACAUCAAUUGAAUCACCCUACAUUAUACACAAAGUUGCACCGCGACGCAACGGAACAGUCUUUGAUAGUACACCCAAAUGUCAAAAAUGGAACAGUCAUUUACGAAGAUUCACAACUCGUUAAAGCCGUUAAACAUGGCUACGUGUUAGUUGUGGAUGAAGCCGACCAAGCGCCAACAACAGUGACAAGCAGCUUAAACUCGUUAAUGGAAAAUGGAGAGAUGGUACUAACCGAUGGUAGAAGGAUGAGUUCUAAGAAAAUUAUGAACAGAUAUGGAGGCAAACCAUCUGGUAUCAUUCCCGUGCACGAAGAUUUUAGAAUGAUAAUCAUGGCUAGUCAAACUGGAUUUCCUUUCUUGGAAUUAGAAUCUCCUGCUUUUUUAGCAGGUCUCGAGGACAGAGGUUUGCUCAACUUCAGUUCGCCUGCACACCCAGAAAAUCGUUCUAACCGCCGCCGACUUGUUCCUUCAUUAACAAGUAGUGAGAUGGGAAUCGUCGCCAAAGCAGGCAGCUCUAACCCAGCGUUAACCACUCUCGUGACGAGCGGCCAUCCUACGGGACCAUAUAGUGCUACAGCAAUAGCCUCGGGGUCAGCAGUCGCCACUGCAACAGCAUUGACCUAUGGUACGGGAACCUCGACUGCUACGGCAAUUGCUGACGGCUCAUCAGUUGCCACCGCUACAGCACGCUCAUAUGAUGCAGGAGUAGCCACUGCCACAGCAGACACUCAUGACUCAUCAUCUGCCGAAGCUACAGCACAUGCAUACGACAAAGGAAUCGCCACCGCCAUAGCAAACGCUUCUGGCUUUAAAGUCGUCAAGGCCAAGGCAAUCGCCAAAGGCACCGAAGUCAUUACCGACACACAAACUAGGCCCUUAAUUUAA